UCGACCCUUCCAAGAGCACAAAGCGAUAACUAAAGUCUUUAUAUGAUCGUUUGGGAAACUACCGGCUGGCAGUAUGACUGAGUGGACUUCCAGCUUUACACGUACUAGAAAUCUAAAGUUUACAUAACAGGAUGCGAUGUUUAGACGUCUCUAAAACAAAAAGACUGCUAUGGCUGGGCGCUCUGGUUCGGUCGGCAUGGGCUACGUGCUGCCAAGACUUGCGCGGUUCCAUAGGGAUUCACGGCGAAUUUUCAAUGCAGCUGUGUACGCGGUACAACCGCAAGUGCUAACGCGAAAAAACAUCCACGUGAUCAAUGAUCAACUCAAUUUUAAGGUGGGUCGUCUCAGUCCCCUUAGUCCUGUAUAUAAGCCUCAUUAUAAUGUUUUUAUAUGCGGAAUGGGUAAAGCGGUUGCACCAAUGGCUGCACAGUUGCAAAAUAUUCUACGCUCCCACAUCCAGCGAGGUGUCAUCAGCGUACCCAUCGGGUUCACCCAGGCCUUCAGAAAGUCUCGGCUGCCACAACAUCCAAUCGAGGUGAUCGAGGGUGCAAAGGACAACAUUCCGGACGAGUCAAGUUUGUUGGCCUCUCAAAAAAUCGUUCAGAUGAUUGAGUCUUUAACCGAAACAGAUAUUCUCUUCGUACUUAUCACAGGCGGUGGAUCGGCACUUGCCCCGCUGCCAAAAUCACCUGUGACACUUACUGAAAAACAGGACCUUAUCCGCGCUCUUUCGAGAGCCGGAGCUUCAAUCGAAGAAAUUAACACGGUGCGGACCCGUUUAUCAGCUCUAAAAGGUGGUCAACUUUUGGCACGGACGCGAGCGCGCGUAAUAUCCUUAAUUCUCUCGGACAUAAUCGGUUCACCGUUACACCUUAUCGCCAGCGGGCCUACAGUUCCUCCACUACCCACUGGGCGUAUUGAAGAUGCUGCAGAAAUUCUUCUCAGGUACAAUAUAGAAGUCAAUGAAAAAUUGGCAGGUGUGAUUAAUCAAUCCUCUGCGCCUCAGCCACAAUUCGCGUCCGUAGAAAAUCAUAUUAUCGGAUCUAAUUUAAUCGCUCUGGAAGCCGCUAAAGAGGAGGCUCUUAGUCUCGGUUAUCACGUGGUUAUAGCAACAGAUCGUUUGUGUGGUGAGGCGCGUAACGUGGGACGCGAUAUUGUUAAAAUCGCAAUGGACCGAGACAGUUCAAAUCUUAAUCUUAAUGAAGUGAUCCACGAGCAGCUGAAAAAUCUGCCUAAGGGUGCACCGGUCUGCGUUCUCUUUGGCGGUGAAACAACCGUGAAAGUUACUGGAACGGGAAUUGGUGGACGUAACCAGGAAUUAGCCCUUUCGGCUGCGAUAGCUUUAGAAGGCUUCCAUAGGGACGUUGUUCUCCUGUCUGCAGGUACCGAUGGAAUCGACGGUCCUACAGACGCCGCUGGUGCAGUCGUUGAUCAAAAUACAGUGUCAUCACGUAUGAGCCUACGCGACUUCGAGAUCAAAGCAGAUGCAUCGAGUUAUUUAUUCAACAACGACUCGUAUAACUUUUUUAAAGGGAACGAUGAUACGCACCUUAAAAUAGGUCAUACCGGAACCAAUGUAAUGGACGUACAAAUUUUACUUUUUGAAACCGCUAUAGACAAUGGGAGUGCCAGUCAGCUAUGAAAACUGCUUCGAUCGACAAGAGUAUUAUUAAAUUGGCUAUUCAGUUACGUAUGUGUAGAUUAGCAGCUUGCAUGAGUAACAUUAUUGGACCUGUUAUACAUGCAGUACUGCACAGGAAAUUAAAAUAAAUUAUAUUAAAAUGAA